AUGGACGGCGGUCACGGCGAGGGGAACGCGGGGGGAGAGGGAUCUGGGCGCGGAGCACGGGUAAGGGGUGGUCGAGGGGGAUCUCGCGGAUCUGGGCGAAGGGGAGGUGGAUUCGGCGGAAGGAGCGGGGGGUUCGGCGGAAGGCGAGGGGGAUUCGGACAUGGACAUGGGGGAGUAGAGGCGGGAGCAGGCAGGGGAGAUGGCGGGGGAGGAGACCGGGGGAGGGGCCGAGGGAGGGGGAGAGGCGGACAGGAAGGGAUUAACGGCAUGUUAGGAACCCGAACUACAUCUGCUAAUAACGACACGCAGCCGCCUGCAUCGACGGCUUAUGAUAUCAGCGCGGGGAUUCCUGAAUCCGCCGUUAUAGUCAACCCCGAUACUGUGACGACGCGUUUAGCUGCUUCUUCUAUUAUCGCGACGGCGAAGCGAGUUGUCGUGGUCGCUUCGGGAGGUGCAGGAUCGGGAGGUGCAGGAUCGCAAUCUGCGGAGGAGGACAAGGCGGCGCGGAAGAGGAAGAAGAAAGAGAGGCAGAAAGAGAAGAAGGAGAUGAUGAAGAUGAUGCAAGAGAAGCAGGCGGGGGAUGAUGCAGCCGGAGUGGGGAAGGAAGAAAUUGAGCAGCAGCAGCGAGCCGCAGAAGCUGAAAAGCCAGCUGUAGUGGCUAAAUCUUCGGACGCUGCAGAGGGGGUUAAAGUGGCGGCUUUUGCGGCGCCUCAAAAGGCUGAAUUGGCGUUUACUGGGGCUAGCAAUAGCGAGAACAGGGGGAAGGAGAAGGGUUUCAGGGGGUGCUUCGCCCCGCACUUGCCGCUUGAAGUUGCCAAGCAGAGGAUCCAGGACGGCACCCUUUUUGCUGCAUCAUUCAGGGUCAACGCGCGGAAUCGAUUUGAGGCGUAUGUGACUAUAAAGGGAGUUCCUCGGGAUGUCCUGAUUUAUGGUCUCAAGGCACAGAAUCGAGCGGUUGAAGGAGACACAGUGGCAGUGGAAGUAGACCCUCCGUCACUGGAACCCAGUCAUCCACAGAUAGGCGCCACACAGGAAGAAAAUGACUCUCUGAACACUCACAGCGCGCCAAGCACUGGUGCAGCGACUGGAGUUGAGGCAGGGAGAGGAGGGAGAGGAGGGGGAGGAGGGGGGAGAGGGGGAGGAGGGGAGAGAGAGGAGGGGAGUAGGCAGGGGGGAAAGGCGGAGGCGGUAGAGAGGCUGGCGCGGGCAGUGAGGGGGAAUCCGGAUCUGCGGCUGACGGGGCGUGUGGUGGCGAUUGUUCAUUGGUCUGCGCGGAGAGAGGCGGUGGUGGGUAGGUUAGAGCUGCAGCCGGCUGCAGGAGCGCAGAUAGAGAAGGAGAGGCAGAGGCGACGGGCAGUGGAGAGGAAGAAGCGAGUGGGGGAGACGCAGCAGCGGAAGCAGGAGAAGCAGGGGCAGCAGGGGCAGCAGAAGCAGCAGCAGCAAGAGAAGGAGCAACAGCAGGAGCAGCAAGGGCAGCCGGCCGCAAUGGGGGGGAAUGCGAAGGUGAAUGGGAGUGGGGUUACUAGCGGAGGAGAUGAGAUUGAAGAGGGGGAGGUGAUUGGGGAAGAGGAGGAAGUGAUUCUAGAGGAGGGGGAGGUGGUUGGGGAAGAGGAGGAGGGGGAAGUAGUUAUGGAGGAGGGGGAGGUGGUUGGGGAGGAGGAAGCGGUAUUCCUAUCUAUGGAAGCUGUCCGAAUUAGUACCCUACCCAAGGAGAUUAAAGACCUCGUCUUAGCAGCCGCCGCUGUGCCUGACACGCGUCAGAAGGCCGGCAGCAGGAGGACCAAUAAGAGCGGCCCUAGCAUUGCACCAAUAGAAGAGGCUGCUUCUGUCGCUGCUGAUGCUACGGAUGCGACCAGGGCUGAUGGGACUGAGUCCGUAGCGAAUGUGGCUGUAGCGGAGACAGCUGUAGCGGCGUCAGUAGCAGCCGCAGAUGAGGCGGCAGCGGCUGUAGCAGCAGCAGCGGAGGUGAGGCAGAUGCUAGUAGCAGCCAGGCUGUCACGCUGGUCUGCAGGCCAGUUCCUGCCCUUCGGUAUAGUCACACAGAGCCUGGGGCCGGCAGGGGACGCUGAGACCGAAACGAGGGCGAUUCUGGCGCAGUUUGGGAUUCAUGGGGCGGAUUUCUCGCCAGAGGUGCUUGCAGAGUUGCCUUGUGGGGCUGGUGGGACGAGGGGUGAUAGUGAUGGUAAGGGUGGUGAUAAUAGUGAGGGUGAUACUAAUGAGGGUGUAAGCACCGGCGGCGGCAGCAGCAGCAGCAGCGGGUGGCAGAUUCCUGCAGAGGAGAUAGCAGUUCGCAGGGACUUUAGGGGCCAGCGGGUGUUCACUAUCGACCCUCCCACUGCUCGAGAUUUGGAUGAUGCUCUCUCUAUAACGAGGAUAAGGGCUGGGGGGGCUAAGGGGAAGAAAAAAGGAAAGGGGAAGGAGAAGGGGAAGGGGAAGGGGGGGUUAGGGAAGGUAGAGGGGGAGAAGGCAGAGGAGGAGAGAGAAGAGGAGGGGAAGGGGGAGAAGGAGGGAGGAGAGGAGGAGGAGGAAGAAGAGGAGGAGGAGUUGUACCAAGUGGGCGUUCACAUUGCUGACGUGUCAUACUUCAUACCGCCCGGAUCCGCACUAGAUGCCGAAGCCGCCCGGCGGUGCACGACAGUGUAUCUAAUCCAGCAGGCCAUGCCGAUGCUCCCCCGCCCGCUGUGCGAGGACCUCUGCUCGCUACAGCCGGGGGUUGACAGGCUGGCGUUCUCGGUGGUGUGGGAUGUGACUGUAACGGGGGAGGAGAUGAUCGAUGGGAGGUUUGGGGGAGGGGAGGAGGUGGCAGGGUGGGGGCGGGGAGGGGGAGAGGGGAAGAAGGGGAAGGAGGUGAGGGAGGAGGGGGAUGAUGAGAGUGGGAUUGGGAGUGUGAGUGAAGGGGGGAGUGAGGGGGCGGGGAGCAGAGGAGGGGACGGAGAGGGCGGAGAAGGCGGAGGGGGCGGAGGGGGAGGAGGCAGUGGAGGGGUGGGGAAGCUGGACGGCAGAGUGAACGAGGACUGGCGGCCGGUCGUAUACGGAGGCCACAGGUGGCACGAUGUGAUUGGAGACGUGCUGGCGCUGCACCGUAUAGCGCAGAGCCUGAGACGGGCAAGGGAGGAGAGGGGUGCGCUCAUGCAGCUGCAGACAUCCAAACUGAGGUUCUCCUUUGAUGCAGAGGAAGGGGAGGAGGGGGAGGAGGAGCUGGGGGGCAUUGGGGAUGUGGGCGUGGGUAACAACACCAACAACACCAACACCAACACCAACACCAGCACCAGCACCAGCAGCAGCGGUGGCGGUAGCAAUGGUAAUAAGUGGAGGCCUGUGGGUGCAGCGGUGGCGCCGGCAACAGCAGCAGCGAACCAUCUGGUGGAGGAGCUCAUGCUUCUGGCCAACACCACCGUGGCGAAUAUCAUUUCUCGCGCCUUCCCUUCCGAUGCUCUGCUCAGGCGCCACCCCCCGCCCAACGCCAAGAAGAUGGGCGAUUUCCUGCGCUUUGCCUGCCAGCAGGGUGUGCUCUCAGCAGGGUUCUGCAAGAAGCUGGUGCAAGAGUGCCCGGAAUUGAAGCAGCUUAUAGCGGGUACAAACGGGGCGGGAGGGGCUGGAGGCUUGGAGGAGAUGGGAGAAGGGGAGACGGAGGGAGGCGGGGGUGGCAUGGAUGGAGUGAUACCGUCCAAAGUGCUAAGUGAAAUACUUAACGAGGUGGGGCGGGCGGUGGAGGAUCCAGGGGAGAAAGCGCUGCUGCUGCUGAUGGCGACUGAACCCAUGCAGCUGGCUCAGUACUUCUGCCGAGGACAGUGGGGUGGGAAUGAUGGGGAUGGGGAUGGGGAUGGUGAUGGUGAUGAUGGUGGUGACGAUAAUGAUGGGUUUUUCAGGGGAGGUGGAUUUCGGGGAGGCAGAUCUGGGGGAGGCAGGUCUGGGGGAGGUAGAUCUGGGGGAGGCAGAUCUGGCAGGGGAGGUAGGUCUGGGGGAGGUAGAUCCGGGGGAGGUAUAUCUGUGGGAGGUAGUUCUGGUGGGAAAGUAGGUACAUCUGGUGGAGAAGGCGAAUGGACGUCCCAUUACGGGCUGGCCCUCGACCUGUACACGCAUUUCACCUCCCCGAUCCGCCGCUACACUGACGUCAUCGUGCACCGCCAGCUGGCGGCCGCGCUGGCGGCAGAGGAGAGGCUUAUAGCGAGGAUGGGGCUGAGCAGCAGUGUGAAGUGGGAGAAGAGGGGGUUGGGUGCAGGAGGGGAAGCAGGAGGAGCAGGAGAAGCAGGCGAAGCAGGAGAAGCAGGUGGGGCGACAAGUGAGAAAGGAGAGAGGGGUGGAGCAGAAGGAGCAGGAGGGAAUAGGCAUGAGGUGAGUGGUGAUGUCAACGUUACGCUGCUUAGGAAGCUGACUGGGAUAGCGGCUGGAGGUAGGGUGCUCACUGCUGUGGGGGAUCCGCUGGGGCUGCUGGCAGGGUGUGGAAGGAGUGGAGGGAGUGGAGGGAGUGGAGGGAGUGGAGGAGAGGGGAAGGGAGACGGGAGGGGAGAGUUUGCAGGGGAGGAGGGUAUGCAGGGAGGGCGAGGUGGGAGAGGAGGGACAGGAGGGAGAGGAGGGACAGGAGGGAGAGGAGGGACAGGAGGGAGAGGAGGGACAGGAGGGAGAGGAGGGACAGGAGGGAGACGGGGAGGGAGACGGGGAGGGAGAGGACGGGGAGGAGGAAGGGGAGGGCGAGGAGGAGGAGAGGGGAAUGAAGACAAGAAGAUCUUGUUACGUCGCGAGCUGGUAACCGCAGUGCGGCAUGAGUGCCAGCUGGUGCACAAGGAACGAGCGAUGCCGCCCGCCGACGCCGUCGCUGACGUGGCGACACGGUGCAACGAGAGGAAGCUCGCCGCCCGAUACGCGCAGGAGGCGAGCGAGCGGCUGUUCCUGUGCCUGCUGCUGCGCCGCACCCAGGGGUGCCUCUCCAACGCGCGGGCGAGUGCUACGCUUAUAUGCAAGCAGGAGGCGAGCGAGCGGCUGUUCCUGUGCCUGCUGCUGCGCCGCACCCAGGGGUGCCUUUCUAAGGCCUGGGUGACCGCAAUUGGGCCGCGCUACAUGAGCGUCUACAUUGAACGCUUUGGGAUGGAGCGACCCAUUCAUUUCAACUCCAUCCCCAACACCACCUGCCAAUGGGUUGCUGCCACUAGUACUGUCAUCAUCAGCGCCAAGCCUCCACCCUCCGAGGCUAACGCCAAGGCUCGGAACGGAAAGGCUCGGAAAGACCAUGCUCGGAACGGCGAGGCUGGGAGCGCCUCAGAGUGCAAGGCAGCAGCAGUGAAAGGUCUACCAGCAGAUGAUCUAGCCCAUCUGAUAUCACCAUCAGCGUUGGUUCAGAAUGAUGGUGGUGGUGGUGGUGGUGGUGGUGGUGGUGGUGGUGGUGAGGAGAGCAGUACCAAUGCAGUGGCAAAUGUAGGUUUGGAGGAUUCUACUGGAAUUGCAGGCCUGGCAGCAGACGAUCUUGCCCGGAGCAUCUCGCCUGGUUUGCUCGAAGGAGAUGAUGACGCAGACGGUGGAGGAGGUGGUACUUAUAACGAGGAUGACAGUAUCUUGCUGGUUGAUGGAGGGCUGGCAGCUGCGGCGGAGGCGGCAGCGGGAGUGGGAGAUGAGGGAGAAGGGGGAGUGUUGCAGCCUGUGGUGCUGCCGCUGACUCUCCGUGUCAUGGCUCAGGUGCCUGUGUUUGUGCAUACCACAGGGGGUGGCAAGCAGAUGAUGGAUAUUGGGGCUCGUUUGUACGUUGGCUGA